UUCUGACGUUAUCUUACCCUCUAAUUCCAGAGGGAGUUACUCGCGUAGUGAAUACUUUAAAAGUUUUGAGGUUAUAGUAAAUUUCUGCAAGGACAACAUUUGUGGUGUUAUCGUGAUAUAGCAAUAUUUAAGCAAAGUACCGUCCUUUUUCUUGGACGAGAAAUAGAGCUCUGAUAUUAAUUAUGUGAGCAGUAAGAGCCUGCGGGUUAAUUCUAUGUCAAUGACAUGUCGGCUCCAAAUAACGUUAAAACAAUGCGGGCGUACAGACUGGCCUAUCUGGCCGUCUGACAAAUAUGAAUUUGUGACAUAAUUUCGUAAUUUUUAUAAUCGAACAUGGUCAAAGAGAAACCAAAUUCAAUUCGUAUUUAUGAUUCGGAGGGCUAUAGACGUAGAGCUGCAUGUAUCUGCGUCAAAAACGAUCUUGAAGAUGAGGUACUUUUAGUUACAUCCAGUAGAAGACCAGAUAGUUGGAUAGUACCCGGUGGAGGCGUCGAGCCAGAAGAAGAACCUGCUGUAACCGCGUUACGAGAAGUCAGAGAGGAAGCUGGUGUUUUAGGACAAUUGGGCCGUUGUCUUGGUAUAUUUGAGAACGUAGAACACAAACAUAGAACACAAGUGUGGGUUAUGCGGGUAACCGAAGAGCUACCAGAAUGGGAAGAUUCACGGAAUAUCGGUCGAAAGCGAAAAUGGUUCUCUAUAUCAGAGGCCUUGCUUCAGCUUGCUCAGCACAAACCCGUCCAGCGUUCUUAUAUACACAGCCUCUACAAUACUAAUCCACGACAUAAUCCUAAUAUCUCACCACCUCACCAUUCGCAUACCACUGUAACAUCUAUUCAGUUAAUGAGUAAUUCUAGUAACAAUCCUCAUCUUAACAAACACAGCUAAUAUUAAAUACCAUCCAUU